AUGCUACUGUGGCUGACCAUAGCUAUCCUGGGGAUCCCCUCCAGCUGGGCAGACCCCAUCUAUGGUAAGGGACGAGGCAAAUACUUCUCUACUGUGAACAACGGAAAUGACAUAACCGCAAUCCGGGUCUGCCUAGAUGUUUUUGGGGUGAUGAAAAGUAUCGACCUGAGAUUUGGGUUAUACUGGACUGGAAAAUAUGGCUCCAGAUUUGGCAAGUGUGAGGAGGCCAAUCUGCAUCCGGGCGAGCACAUCACUCAGAUCCACGGCACGUACAACCAUUUCCUGCGAUCCCUGGUACUACACACAGAUAAAAAGCGUCAGAUCACCUUUGGGAAGAACACUGGCUAUACUUUCUUUGCCUUCCCCCAAACUAAAGGGCAAGUGCUCACGGGCGUAUUUGGGAACUACAAGUUAAUGGGCCUUACCAGUCUUGGCUUCAUGUGGGAAUUUCCUCUUGAUGAGGGCACAGUACAUGCGGAUGAGCUGGGAGAUUUGUCAUGGUCAUGGUGUAGAGUGUGGGUCUGGCUGCUGCUGGGCAAAGUGCUGUUCCUGCAGACAGUGAGGCUCUGCCCCAGUGCAGUCCUCAGCUUCCUAGUGACUGUGGAUUAA